AUGGUACCUCCGGGACAGUCAAGCAGCCAACCGCUACCUUCCAAGGAGCUUACUCUUUUCCGUAAAGUUGUUAAGCACUACGAACACAAACAAUACAAAAAUGGCCUUCGGUGUGCGAAAAUGAUUCUCUCUAAUCCACAGUUCAGUGAACAUGGAGAAACAUUGGCGAUGAAAGGUUUGAUUUUGAAUUGCAUGGGAAAACAUGAAGAAGCACAAGAGUGUGUGAAACGAGGCUUAAAGGCUGACCUUCGAUCACAUGUCUGUUGGCAUGUCUUCGGCUUGGUACAGCGUAGCGAAAAGAAAUACGAUGAGGCGAUGAAGGCAUAUAAGCAGGCUUUACGCUUAGAUCAUGAUAAUAUGCAAAUACUCAGGGAUUUAUCAUUAUUACAAAUUCAGAUGCGAGAUUUAGACGGGUAUCGCGAUUCACGUUAUCGACUGCUUAUGUUGCGCCCACAACAACGAAUUGCAUGGAUUGGUUAUGCAACAGCAUAUCAUCUUCUUAAGGACUAUGAUAUGGCUCUAAAAAUUGUCAGCGAGUUUUGCAACAGCAGCAGGGUUGAGCUACCAGAGUACGAUUUCGAACAAAGUGAACUAAUUUUAUAUCAGAACAUGAUUCUCCGUGAAUCUGGUCAGUUAGAAUUAGCACUGAGUAAGCUGGAGGAAAAUGCAUCACAAAUUGUUGAUCGCGUUGCUUACAUGGAGACACGUGCGGAUCUCCUGAUGGCUUUGAACGAUAAUGCAAAGGCGGAAAUGACUUAUUGGAAAUUGAUUGAAAGAAAUCCAGAGAAUAUUAUAUAUUAUCACCGGAUCGAGAAAUGCAGGGGCCUGGCGGAAAGCGAUGUUGAUGGACGUUAUGAAGUGUAUAAAAAAGCUGUUUCAAUGAAUUCUCAUGCAGCCACUCCGAAAAGAGUUCCUCUUUAUUUUCUCCAUGGUGCCCAAUUUGAAAGCCUAUUAUUCAAUUAUUUGAUAGCUGGUCUUCGAAAAGGCGUGCCUUCACUUUUCAAAUAUCUUAUUCCGUUGUACGUAGACACCGAUAAGGUUCAAUUUUUGGAAUGCACACUCAUCGAGUUCGUUAAGCGAUUAGGAGAAAACGGGUAUAAAAAAGGAUCUUUGGAUAAUAAUCCUCUUCCGGAAUCACCAACCACAGUAUUAUGGUUGUAUUAUUUGUUAGCUCAACAUUAUGACAAAUUAGGAUCAGUUCAACAGGCGCUUGUAUAUAUUGAUAGAGCAAUACAACAUACACCAACAUUGAUCGAACUCUAUAUGAUAAAGGCAAAAAUCCAUAAGCACGCUGGUGAUGCAUAUGAAGGUGCAAGCUUGAUGGAGCAAGCUCAGUCGUUGGAUACGGCGGACCGAUAUGUGAAUAGUAAAUGUGCCAAAUACAUGCUUCGAGCUGGUCUUAUCAAGGAGGCAGAAAAUAUGUGUUCGAAAUUUACAAGAGAAGGUGUUAAUGCAUCAGCAAAUUUAAAUGAAAUGCAAUGCAUGUGGUAUGAAAUCGAAUGCGCUAAAGCACAUCAGCGGUUAGCAAAUUAUGGUGAGGCAUUGAAAAAAUGUCAUGAAGUUGAAAGGCACUUUGUGGGCAUUAUUGAAGACCAGUUCGAUUUCCACACUUAUUGUAUUCGUAAAAUGACACUUUGUUCUUACAUUGGAUUGCUGAGGCUAGAAGAUGUUCUGCGACGACACAAAUUUUAUUAUGAAGCUGCCAAAAUUGCGAUCACUAUAUAUCUCCGAAUGUAUGAUCAUCCUAAUGAUUUCACUCCUGACAAGCAUAAUGGUGAAGUUAAUUUAUCAGCUUCGGAGCUAAAAAAAUUGAAAAAGAAGCAAAAGAAGGAAAAGGCUAAGGAGGCACUUGAGGCUGCUGCUAAGCAGAAACAGACGAAUGCGAAGAAGGGUGAUGUCGAAAUAGAUGGCUUCGCACCGGAACCUCUUGAUGCGGAGAAACUUCUAAAAGUGGAUGAUCCUCUAGAGGAGGCGAGUAAAUUUGUUCAACCACUUCUUCAGCUGAACAGCGAGCAAUUUGGAUCGUAUAUUCUUGGUUUCGAAGUUUACUAUAGGAAGAAGAAAGUACUACUUAUGUUAAAAUGUUUAAACAAAGCAACAAAAUUGGAGCCGAAUAAUCCAGAUCUUCAUGUUGCAGCUGCCAAAUAUUUGCAUUAUUAUGAGAAGGCGCAACUGGAAGGAACAGUCAAAGAGUUAGCUGCCGAACUAACCAACGCAUUAUUCCCAAACACGAAAUCAGCCUCUGAAUUCAAUACUGCCUUCAAAAGUGCCAAUAUCAGUUCAUUCCCUCAUCGACUUGCUGUUGCUGAAGUCAGUAUAUUUUUGGACCUGAAUUGUGCUGAUGUAACGAAGAACUGGUUGAUGUGUUCUCUAGAUGAUGAUAAAUUGACUGGGGUGACGCUGAAAAAUAUUGAAAUGUUAUACAACGGGAUUUUAUAUGGAAAAUAUGGAAAUUGGUCUGCUAGCGAGAUGGCGCAAUUAACGAAGCGCUGCCAUCAUUUAUUCAAAGACGCGACAUUGUUUGGCGGCGGCGUUAAUUUAGAUUAUCUUCUACAGUUGGUUUCAAUCAAAGCUGUUGAUUUCAUAAACAGCGCAAUAUUUUUAGAACUUAAUGCUUUAUCGUUUGUUUGUGAUGAGCGUUAA